AUGCAAUAAUAGAAUAACACUUAUUUUACCAUAUAAAAUUUUGUUUAGUCUAACUUAAAUGCUCAUAUUCAUCUCACUUUAUAAUUCAAUGAUCAUAAAAUAGAAGUAAAAGAUAUAGAUUUAAUCAUCUCAUCUUUAAAUAAUUGCAAAUAAAUUCAAACUAUGAGUCUUUAAUUUGAUUGCAAUAAAGUUAAUCAAUAAGGCAUAAAAAGUAUUCAAUAAUAUCUAUAAUAUUAUGAUGAUUUAACAGAGCUUAAACUUUAACUGUCGGAAAACUGCAUCUAAAUAUAAGAUUUAACUUAAUUUAAAAAUACAAUGAAAAACCUCUCGAAAAUCAAGAUAUUCGAAUUUGAAUUAGGAUCAAAUAAAAUUAAUGAUAUAGGAGCAAUAGCUUUAGGUGAAUUACUAAGCAAUUUUACAAAUUUGACUUAGCUGUAAAUUUAGUUAUAUUAAAAUUUAAUUGGAGAUAAAGGAGCUGUUUUUUUAGGCUAAGGGCUAGGUAAAUCUUGCAAUUUGGUAUGUUUAGAACUGAAUUUAUACUAAAAUAUUAUUGGCAUUUAAGGAGCGAUUGCUAUUGGGAAUGGAGUUAGUAAAUGUACCUAACUUGAAAACUUAGAUGUAGUUUUGGCUGAAAAUAAAAUUUUAGAAACUGGGGCCAGAGGGUUAAGUAGAAGUUUGAAAUAUUGUAAGCAACUUAUUAGCUUAGAAAUAUUUAUAUAAUAAAAUAAAAUUGGAGAUGGAGGUAUUAUAGCUUUGUGCAAAAGUUUAAGCAAUCAUUAAAAUCUGAUAAAUUUAAAAUUUUGCUUUUGCGAAAAUAAUAUUGGAAACAAAGGAGCUAUAUUUAUUGGAAAUUUAUUAAGCGAUAUAUCACAACACCUAGUUAAUUUAUAUCUUAAUUUGUACCAAAAUAGAGUUGGAAAUGAAGGGGCUUGUGCUAUUGGAUAAGGUUUGAGUAAAUGCUCAAGACUUUAAAUUUUAGAAUUGAUUUUAUCGAAAAAUUAAAUAGGCGAUAAAGGAAUUUAAAAUAUUGGUUAAGGGUUGGCUAAAUGUUAAAAUAUGUUAGAUUUGCAAUUAUAUUUACAAGAUUAAAGUAUAAAAGAGGAAAUUACUAAUAUAGGAACAGACUUUAGUAAAUGCACUAAUCUUUCAACUUUAAUAUUUCAUUUUUCAAAUAAUUAAAUCAAGAGUGAAGGACUAGAGAUUAUUGGUUAAUGGAUAAGCAAUUGUUAUAACCUUCUAAAUUUAAGCAUCUACAUUUACUAAAAUUUAAUAGGAGAUGAAGGUAUAAUUUCUUUAGGAAAAGGGCUUAUUAAUUGUACUCAACUUGCUACUUUAGAAUUAAUUUUAUGGGAUAAUCAAAUUGGAGAUUUAGGUGCUCAAAAUUUGUAUACAGGAUUAAGUUGUUGCAAAAAUCUGACUAAUUUAAAACUUAAUUUGAUCUACAAUAAAAUAACUGAUUAAGAAGAAGAAAACACUGGGAUAGCUUUGAGCAAUUUACCCAAAUUAUUGACUUUAACACUGAUAUUUUAUAAAAAUGAAAAAUACUUUAAAUCCAAGGAGCUUCUUUUUUGUAAUAAUAUUAAGAAACUAACAAUAAACGUUAGCUUUUGCCCUUUUAACAGAGAGUAGAUAAACCACAAAAGAUAAGCUAUGAAGAUAAGAAGAUUAGUAUAACUAAAUACUAUAUUUUAAUGA